UGUGUGUGUGUGUGUGUGUGUGUGUUCAUAUGGGUUAUUAUGUGGAUUGUUUUCAAUAAAGAUAUUAUAAUCUUAUUAAAUUGAUAAUAUUUACAAUACCUGGCAAAAUUCUUUAGAGCUUUUUUUUUUUCAAUACAAUCUGAUGGUAAAGAAUAGAGCAUAAAUGUGAUGUUUAAGGCUCUUUUCACUCCAUAGCCAGGGUACAUAUGUCUAGGUAAAAGCUUAAAAAUUGCAUCAACAGUUUGAGGGUGAGUCAAAACAUAAAAUUUAUCAUGGCUGUAGAAACAGAAAAAAAAAUUGCUAAUAAAAUAGCUUUUUACCCUGGUAACAGAAAUAAACUUCCCAAUAAAAAUAGAAAUUAUAAAGAAAAUGAAAGUUACAUCUAAGAACUUUAAACAUUUCACUAAACAUAAUUCCAUACCCACAAACACAUACACAUGGUCUUACAUAAAUUGAAUCUCACCUAUACUAUGAGUUUGAAAUCAGUUUUUCUCUUUUUCUUUAAGAAAAAAAAAAAAGGUUAGGGAUAUCUUUUCAUGUCAAUAAAUAAGAAAACCACAUAAUCAUUUUUAGGGCUGUAGACUGUCCCAUCACAGAAGGCUCCAUAAUUUAUUUCAGCAAUCCCCUAUUGUAAGACACUAAUGCUGUUUAUAAUUUUUUACUCUACAAUAAACAUUGAUAAACAUCCUGUACUAAUGUGUUUACCAAUGUAUUCAAUUCUCUCUUUAAAAUAAAUGUCUACAACUAGAGGAGCUGGAUAAAAGAGUUGACAGAGAAUGUAUAUUAAAGUCUUGCUUCUCACAGAGAAUUUACCUCUAACCUUUUUGAAAGCAAGUUGCCAGAAUGCAUUAAGGUCCCCAGAUGGGUGGAGGGUCGGGGAGAGUGGCCUGCUGAGCUGUGGAGAGUGGUGGGGCUGAGGGUGGGGUGGAGAGGGUGGUGUCCCUGCCCUGAGGUAGGGGCUGUUGGGUGACAGAAACAAAGGGGUGUGUGAUGGGGCAGGUCACAAUGGGUAGAGGAGGAUAAAAGUGGUCCUGCAGGGUGGUUUAGCAGCAGCGGAUGGUUCAGGUUGGGAAGAAGAGCAGUGGGACUGCCAGUUCAGGUUGUGGAAUCACAGAGCAAAGGCUGUUGUGAAGUGGAAUAUCAGGCUCAAAUGGAAGUCCCUCCCAAAUGAGCACUGACAUCUGUGUGCCUGGACAUCCACGAGGGCUCCAACAUCUGCGCUCCUGACAGCUCCAUGCACUAAACAGGGCACAGUCUGGAUCCAGGGGACCAACUGUCUCUGGCAUUGAGCAGUUGGCAACCAAUACCCCACCCUGUUCUGAGUCAUUUGGGUACAAAAAAGAAAGCCUGUAGAACACGACUGCUGGCCCACCUGCCAGAGUGGCCAAGGAAACAGGAUGCUCACUAAGGCAUGUUAAGGAAGGUGUGGAGCAGCUUCUGGGAACUGUCUUGAUAAAAGAAAGACAUGGAGGAGCAGUGUAUGUUACCGUAUUACACUGCCCAAAGCAGCCCCGCAAUGGGCAUGUUUAAUACCUCCAUGGGGAAGCUUCAGCGGCAACUGUACAAAGGCGAGUAUACUAUAUUCAGGUAUGCACCCAUGUUUGAGAGCGACUUUAUCCAGAUCAGCAAAAGAGGAGAAGUGAUGGAUGUGCACAACCGUGCCCGAAUGGUAACAGUGGGCAUUGUUCGCACCAGCCCCUGCCUCACACUACCUGAUGUCAUGCUGCUGGCCCGACCAGCUGCUGUCUGUGACAACGCCAGGUGUGGUCCUGCCACCCAGAAAACAGAUAGUCCGCCUGCAGAGAUCUUAGAACUAACCAGACUGCUUCCCUUGAUGUUUGUGAAAAUAACCAUCCACAACAGCAUAAAAAAACAGCUCCACCUGAAGCUUGCCACUGGCCGCUCUUUUUAUCUUCAGCUGUGUUCCCCCUCAGAUGCAAGUGAAGACCUUUUUGUUCACUGGGAAAACCUUGUUUACAUCCUGAGACCACCAGUGGAGGCUUACAGUGGUACCAAAGCUAUCCUAGCUGGGAGCACAUCAGACUCAUCUGUGUUUGAGGAAGUGCAGAGAAGCCCAGUGGGAUAUGCCAUGAAGUUCUGUGAAGAGAAGGAGCAAUUCAGAAUCAGUAGACUUCACAUGAAUGCUGAAAUGUUUGGGUCCACCUAUUAUGAUUAUACAAUAGAGAUAUGAAUCCAACAUACCUCCCACAUAUACUACAUUCAAGAGUUCACACAUUCCUGCAGUCAUAAAACCUAUAGUGCCUGAUAAAGGGGCAGGGUGGCAACAACAGUAGUGAUGACAGUAAGCACCACCGCAGGUGCCAUGGAUGUGGCUGCAACCAAGUCUGCAGGCUCAGAAGAGAAACACAGCACUGGCAAAAGCAGCCUUCAAAGGUCCAGGAGGAAGUAUAGCCAGCAUGGCUAUACUGGGUGCUUCUAUGUCUUAAUCUUGUUAUAGCAAGGGCUGCAUAGAGAUUCUUGUCCUAAAAGGGUACUUCAAGCACAUCAGUAAGUGCUACUGGCCUCUCCCUAGAGAGCAGCAUGAAUGUGGUGACUACAGGAGCAGAGAGAGACUGUCAAUGCAACAGCCUUGUCAGUCUCUCUCUGCUCCUCAAAGACCGACUCUCUGCCACUCAGCAUUGGGAGUCAGUAUCUCAACUCUGCAGGAUGAGGCCACAUGAGUGAAUGGGAUGGAAGUCAGAGGGUCUCUACCUAGCUGGAUUGACUCUGCAGUAAUAACCUCAAAGUCUGAUACUACACAUGGUGCAGAGGUGGACAUCUCACCUAAGACUGUGGAGGGGAGCAACAUGAUUCACCAUAAUAAAAUCCACCAACUCAUAUUAUCUGCUCUAAUAACAUAUGCUCUAUUGACAGGAAGGGUAGCAAUAAAACUAAUAGCAAUUUA